AUGAGCAGUACCAACGGCAGUUCCGUGGCGAACACCAGCGGCGGCACCGUAGCUUCCAAGCGUCGCGUGGCAUACUUCUACGACUCGGAGAUUGGCAAUUACCACUACGGACAGAACCACCCCAUGAAGCCACAUCGCGUGCGAAUGGCACACAACCUCAUCACCAACUAUGGACUCACCAAGCACAUGGAAGUCUUCCGUCCUCGGCUGGUGGACUGGAUGGAACUCACCCGCUUCCACUCGGACGAUUAUAUCCACUUCUUGCGGCUCGUGACACCCGACAACAUGCACGAGUAUCUGCGCCAAUUGCAACGCUUCAACGUGGGUGAGGAUUGCCCAGUCUUUGAUGGUCUCUUCGAGUUCUGCCAACUCUACGCGUCGGCAUCGAUCGGCGGCGCUGCUAAAUUGAACGCGGGAUCGGCCGACAUCGUCAUCAAUUACUCCGGUGGUCUACAUCACGGCAAGCGCUCAGAAGCGUCCGGUUUCUGCUAUGUGAACGACUGCGUGCUCGGUAUUCUGGAGCUGCUAAAAGCCCACCAACGCGUCCUGUACAUCGAUAUCGACAUCCACCACGGUGACGGAGUGGAGGAGGCAUUUUACACGACGAACCGGGUGAUGACUUGCUCAUUCCACAAAUACGGCGAGUUCUUCCCCGGCACGGGCGAUAUUAAAGAUAUCGGCUAUGGAGACGGCAAGCAUUACUCUGUCAACUUUCCGUGCCGCGACGGCAUGGACGACGAGAGCUUUACCGGUAUCUUUCGCAGCGUCAUUGCCAAGGUAAUGGAGCAUUUUGCGCCGGGUGCUGUGCUGCUGCAGUGCGGCACAGACUCGCUUUCUGGUGACAGACUUGGCAGCUUCAACCUGUCAGCCAAGGGCCACGCCGACUGCGUGGCGUACGUCAAGAGCUUUAACAUCCCCACUCUUGUUGUCGGCGGCGGUGGUUAUACAUUGCGGAAUGUGGCACGUGCCUGGUGCUACGAGGCAUCGCUGCUGGUGGACGUUGAUAUCCCAGAUGCGAUGCCCUACAACGACUACUUUGAGUACUAUGGACCUGAGUACCGCCUACACUUGCCCGUGAGCAACAUGGAAAACCUCAACACACCCGCUUACCUGGACGAAAUUAAGCGUCAGAUCCAUGAGAACCUCCGCCAAAUCGAACCUGUUCCCAGUGUGCCUUUCACAGUCGCACCACCGUCAGCUCGAAUUCAAGAGGAGAAGGAAGCUGCCGCGCGCGACCGUGAGGAUGACGAUCAGCACAUGAUGGAUGUGUCGGGCGAACGUCAAGACCAACAAGAACUCAAGCAGAGCGACGCUCCCCGUCAUCCUGUUGAAUUUUACGACUAA